UCCCGCCCAGGCCUGGCGUCUCCUGCGUGCGCAGUUUAUCCCCGACCCGGAAGUUGAUCUCGCGGAGGGAAGGCGAUGCUGCGGCCCAUUCACCAUAUGUGAGGAGGAAGCCCAGAAGACUAGGAAGAGGAAAGCAAAGGAGUCGGAAAUGGCUCUGACUCAGGGACACUUGACAUUCAGGGAUGUGGCCAUAGAAUUCGCUCAGGAGGAGUGGGAAUGCCUGGACCCUGCUCAGAGGGCUUUGUACAGGGACGUGAUGUUGGAGAACUACAAGAACCUGGCCUCUUUGGGAUGCUCUCUUCGUGGCCUGAAUAUUGUCUCCAUGUUGGAAACAGGAGAGAAGCCCUGGUCUGUGGAGAGCCAAGUGAAAAUAGGAAGGCAACAGAAACGGUGGGAACGUGUCAAAAGUGUGAUCACAGAUAUUUCUCCUAAACGCGUGAGCAAGGAAUUACCGCCAACAGGGAAAAGUGCUACAGGAGAAGUAUUCCACACACUGAUGUUGGAAAGACAUGAAAGCCAUCCCAUUGGAGAGUUGUGCUUCAGGGAAACCCAGAAAAAUAUCCAUGACUUUGAGUUUCAGUGGAGAGAUGAAGAACAAAAUUACAACGCAGUGCCUUUGACAAAAAAAGAGAAUUUUACUGGUAGUAGAGACCAAUGUGAGAGAAGCGAUACUGGGAACAAGCCUAUUAAAAAUCAGCUUGGAUUAAACUUUCAGUCACAUCCACCUGAACUGAAUGUAUUUCAAGCUGAAGGGAAAAUCUGUAAUCAAAUUGAGAAGUCUAUCAACAAUGGUUCCUCAGUUUCAGCAUCCGCAAGAAUUUCUUGUAAGCUCAAAACCCAUAUUUCUAAUAAAUAUGGGAAUGAUUUCAACUAUUCUUCAUUACUCACACAAAAACAAAAAGCACACAUUAAAGGAAAACCUUACAAAUGUAAUGAGUGUGGCAAACCCUUUAAUUAUGUCUCACACCUCAGUAUACAUCAGAUAAUCCACUCUGGAGAGAAACCAUAUAAAUGUGAUGUAUGUGGCAAGGGCUUUAAUCAUAAAUCAAACCUUGCACGACAUCGUAGAAUUCAUACUGGAGAGAAACCUUACAAGUGUAAUGAGUGUGGCAAAGCCUUUAGUGUGCGGCCCCACCUCACUAGACAUCAGAGAAUGCAUACUGGAGAGAAACCAUACCAGUGUAAGGAAUGUGACAAAGUUUUCAGUCACAAUUCAUGCCUUGCGGUACAUUGGAGAAUUCAUAGUGGAGAGAAACCUUACAGGUGUAGUGAGUGCGGGAAAGUUUUCAGUCAAAAGUCAAGCCUUGCAACUCAUCAAAGAAUUCAUACUGGAGAGAAACCUUACAAGUGUAAUGAAUGUGGCAAAUUGUUCAAUCAAACAACAGCCCUUAAAAGUCAUCAGAGAAUUCAUACCGGGGAGAAACCUUACAAGUGUAAUGAAUGUGGCAAAGUCUUCAGUCAAACUGCAUCCCUUGCAAAUCACUGGAGAAUUCACACUGGAGAGAAACCUCAUAAACGUCAUGUAAUUGGCAACAUCUUUAGUAAAACUGCAACCAUUGCAAAUCAAUGGAGAAUUUUUACUGGAGAAAAACCUUAAAAAUGUAAUAAAUAACUCUGGGUCUUCAGUCAGACUUCACACCUUGCAAAACAUCAGAAAACUCAUCAUAUUGGACAGAAACUUUGCAAAUGUAAUGAGUGUGGCAAAGUCUUCAGUCAAAAUUCACUCCUCACACAACAUCAUAAAAUUCCUUCUUGACAUAAUCUUGUACAAAUGCAAUGAGUAUAAAAAGCCUUCAUGAGUUCAAGCAGUAACUGACAUUAGAGAGUUCAUAUUAAAGACGAAUUAUAUAACUAAUGGCUGUCAUGAAGGAGUUUUGCUGGUUUCACAACUCACUAGACACAAAAAUAUAUAUCUCUGAUGCACCACACAAUUGUAAAGUGCAUGAUGAGGCUAUUACCCAUGUUUCAAAAAUACAGAACAUCGGAAGACUUAUGAAGAAUAACUAAGUCUCUAGUUCUCCAUGAUUAACCUUUCAGGUUACAUACUGCAGGACAAUUACAAGUUAAAAUAUGUUAAAACCUAUGGUAUGAUACAUAUCAAAGAUCCCAGGACUUUUGGAAAUGGCCAGUUUUUUUUUCAGGUUAUAUUUUACUCAAUUAUAUGAGGUUUAUUGAAAAGGGUACCUUAUUAUUUAUGACUUUCAUCCUGACCUUUGAUACCUGUUUUUUACUUUUUUCAGUAAAUUCAGCUUGAUACAAAAAAAAUUGUUGAUAUUAUGCAUCCUUACAUGCCUUUCAAGGUGGUUUCUGGAUAAGACUCAACAGGAUGAAGGACCUACUUACUAGGUGAGAAUCAUUUACUUCCAUGUUGCUGGUGAAGGGCUCUGCUCUUUAAAGCUUUUCUGAAUUAGCAUUUGGCAGAAGCCAAGAAUAAUGUUAAACUAUGAUGUCACUCAAAAUGGUCACUCAAAAUGGUUCUUCGUGCAUUUCUCCUGACAAGAGGGCACUGUGGGUUAAAGGAAAGAAAUGCUCUACCAACUGACCCUAGAAGAGACCAGGCCAAGACCUUAGGAUGUGAUGAUUUGGGGAGAAGAGAGACAUAGGUUACUUGGGACUGACUGUGUGGUAGAAAUAGUCUUAUUUUUUGAUACUGAAGAAAAACACUUGUCAGGAGAGUUUAAUCAAAAGUACCAGUAGAGCAUUGUCCGGAGCCUUGAGGCCCGGCUACAGCAUUGCCUCUGACCUUGAGCUCAGUAGUUUUCCACUCCAUAAGCAGCAGCACAGUUAUCUCCACCGUGGGAGGAACUGAUGCUUCCCGCCUUGCUUAACGGCUGCUUUUUGUCUUUACCCCGCCUUCUCCUCUCCCACCUUGCUGACCUAUAUAACCUGCCAUUCAGCAUACAAUAAGUGAGACUUGAUCAGACUCCUGUCUUGUCCCAUUUCUCGCGUCUCUUGUCCCCCCAAUUCCCACUCCCUCUUCCAGGGUCCGCGUUGACAGUCCUGCGGGUCAGGACAAGUGGCGCCCAACGUGGGGCCUGGGCACGAGGGACCAACGUGAGGAAUAGACGCAAAGAAAGGCCGGCGAUAUAAGUGAGCAAAGUGUCCUUCAGCCGCCGCGGGAACCUGCCGCGUUGGAACCGAAGAGAUGAUUCCUGUCAGAAUGCUCCCGUGGCUUACAAUCCUGCAUUACCCCAUGCCCAGAAUCCAUGCUGGUCUCGAUGACCCUAGAGCUGCUCAAAAACUGCGACAGAAACUUGGUAAGCCUUGUGAUUGCACUAGAGGGUAUGUGUCCUCCCCACCUACCACUGUCAUCUCCACUGUGGCUUGUGGCACUCAUACUGCCUAUCAGUCCACCUCUCCCAGGUGGGAGUGUGUUCGAAUACCAACACCUCUCCCCUCCAACAGUGGGCGUCCUGGACUGUGCCCCACAGAGUGCACAUCCUUCCAUGAGGCUAUGCACAGUUCCUGUUAUUCCUCAUAUCAGGAAUGCACCUCGGGUAACAAAACAUACUUCACUACCACCCUAGAGAGAAAAUAUUCAGGGACCUUUGGAGGUGAUUGGGGGAUCAGGUCCCAGGUCCUAGGGACUACGAACAAGUAUGCACAGGCCUCUUGUUCCAGUAAAGUAGGAAAACCUGUGUGUUGGCACAGAACGCCCCCCGUUCAUGUCUCCAAUGGAGGCGGCCCACAGGAUUUGGUUAGGGAGAUCAUAGUACAAAAGAAAAUUGAGGAAUUACGUAAAAGUUCUUAUCCUGAACUCCAUUAUCACCCUCUGGCUUUGCCUAAGGCCAGGGGCAACGUGGGGCUUGACCCUCGGACCUUUGAGAUACUUGUAACCACUUAUGCCUGGCUUAAUGCUUCAAAUUCUUCCUAUGCUCAGGGCUGCUGGCUUUGUGUGUGACAGACGUACCCCAUUCCCCUCGCUGUACCUUAGAACAACUAUUCUUCAUUUCCCUCAGAUUACCAUUCGGAGAACAGGUCUUGUUUACCGAUUUUCCCCCUGCAAGUUCAGCCCGUACAGUUCUCUGGCUUCCCCUGUGUCUAUUCCCUCUCCGUCAACAGCACUGAUCAGGUAGACAUUGGUAUGGCCGGCUUUGCCAACUGCAGCGAAGCAUUUAACGCUACGGGUCCUUUAUGUGCUCCAAAUGGUACAGUUUUUGUCUGUGGUAGUAAUAGGGCUUACACCCUAUUGCCUGGGAACUGGACAGGCAAGUGUGCAGUCGCUUACCUCUUUCCAGACGUAGACAUCAUCCCUGGAGACGAACCUGUUCCCAUUCCUACCAUAGAUCACGUCAUAGGAAGGUCCAAAAGAGCAGUGCAGCUAAUCCCGCUGCUUGUAGGUUUGGGAGUAACUACCGCCGUAGCAUCUGGAGCUACAGGCCUGGGCGUCUCCCUCACCCAAUACACCAGACUAUCCAGACAGCUAAUCUCAGAUGUUCAGAUCCUUUCAGACACUACCCAGGACCUACAGGACCAGAUGGACUCCUUGGCUGAGGUAGUGCUACAAAACAGAAGGGGCUUAGACCUACUUACAGCAGAGCGGGGAGGCAUCUGUUUGGCUUUACAGGAGAAAUGUUGCUUCUAUGCAAACAAAUCUGGAGUCGUCAGAGACAAGAUUAAACAACUACAAGACGACCUAGAACGGCGCAGAAAGGAGAUGGCGGCCAACCCAUUCUGGACCGGAUUAAGUGGACUCUUACCCUACCUCUUGCCAUUUUUGGGUCCCCUCAUUACCCUGCUGCUCCUCCUUACACUGGCACCUUUGCUGCUUAAUAAGCUCAUGGCAUUCAUCAAACAACAGGUUGAGGCCAUUCAGGCUAAGCCUAUACAGGUCCAUUAUCAUCGCCUUGAGAUGAACGAACAGGGUGGUUCAUGCUUGUCUUUAAAUAAGAGAUGACACAUUGUCAGCCACCUCCCUGCGAGCUGGACUGGACAGCCAAAGACGGGUAAGAUUGGGUCUAGACCACACCAACCUAAGACAGGUCUUAGUCGCUCUGAGGACUAUCGACCGAUGACGGGUACGGGUGGUUUCCUAAGACUCAACAACCUAAGACAGGCGCAGUCCCAGAGGGAACCCUCUCGGCAUUAAAAAUGAUAAAAAAGGGGAACCUGUCUGGAGCCUUGAGGCCCGGCUACAGCAUUGCCUCUGACCUUGAGCUUAGUAGUUUUCCACUCCACAAGCAGCAGCACAGUUAUCUCCACCGUGGGAGGAACUGAUGCUUCCCGCCUUGCUUAACAGCUGCUUUUUGUCUUUACCCCGCCUUCUCCUCUCCCGCCUUGCUGACCUAUAUAACCUGCCAUUCAGCAUACAAUAAAUGAGACUUGAUCAGACUCCA